GUGAAGGAAAGGGCUGGGGCUGGGGGUGGGGCCCGAUGCCCUGGUUCCCGAAGGGAUUCGGCAAGGGCAAGGGCUGGCGCCGUGGGCCCAGGAUUGAUCCCGCCAUGAAGAUCUGGAUCGGGAACCUCCCGGAGGAUGCCACUUGGAAGGACCUCCAGACCCUCGGAAAUACCGCCGGCACGACGCGCUGGGUGGAGGUCUUCCAAGGAAAAGGCAAGGGAACCGGAAUGAUUGCCUACAAGACAGCGGAAGAGGCGGCAGCAGCCAUGCAGUCUCUUCCCGGCCAGACCAUCAAUGGUCAGCCGAUCCAGGUGGAUGCCUGGCAGAAGGCGGAUCCCCCUGCGGAGUCGUGA